GCUCAGCUCCGCUCCAGGAAGGCCACCUCCUCCCUGCCCUCCUCCUCCCCCUUCUCCUGCUGUCACCACUCACCGCUCUAGCCUCGAGGGGGUGGGGACCCCAGGGCUGGACACACCCCACCGUGGCCCCAGAACCCAGCUGUUCGGACGGACACACGGUCGGACGCAAGACCCAGGAGCCCCGAGGUGGGCAGUGUGCCAGGGUCCCUCACAGCCUCCUCAAGCCCCAUCCAGGCUAUGGGCAUCAAGACAGCGCUGCCCACGGCGGAGCUGGGCCUAUACUCCUUGGUGCUGAGUGGGGCCCUGGCCUAUGCUGGCCGGGGCCUCCUUGAGGCUUCACAAGAUGGGGUCCACAGGAAGGCCUUCCGGGAGUCUGUGCAACCCGGCUGGGAAUACAUUGGUCGGAAGAUGGAUGUGGCUGACUUCGAGUGGGUGAUGUGGUUCACCUCCUUCCGCAAUGUCAUCAUCUUCGCCCUCUCCGGACACGUGCUGUUUGCUAAACUCUGCACGAUGGUGGCCCCCCAGCUCCGCUCCUGGGUGUAUGCUGUGUACGGGGCCCUGGCCGUCAUGGGCACGAUGGGCCCGUGGUACCUGCUGCUGCUGCUUGGGCACUGUGUCAGCCACUAUGUGGCCUCACUCUUGGGUCAGCCCUGGCUCUGUCUCGGCCUUGGCAUGGCCAGCCUUGCCUCCUUCAAGCUGGACCCUCUAAUCUCCUGGCAGAACGGGUUUGUAACAGGCACUUUUGAUCUUCAAGAGGUGCUGUUUCAAGGGGGCAGCGGUUUCACAGUGCUGCGUUGCACCAGCUUUGCACUGGAAAACUGUGCCCACCCUGAUCGCCGCUACUCCCUAGUUGACCUGCUCAAGUACAACUUCUACCUGCCUUUCUUCUUCUUCGGGCCCAUCAUGACCUUUGAUCGCUUCCACGCCCAGGUGAGCCAGGUGGAGCCGGUGAGGCGGGAGGGUGAGCUGUGGAACAUCCAGGCCCAGGCGGGCCUCAGCGUGGUGAGCAUCGUGGCCGUGGACAUCUUCUUUCACUUCUUCUACAUCCUCACCAUUCCCAGUGACCUCAAGUUCGCCAGCCGCCUCCCGGACAGCGCCCUCGCUGGCCUAGCCUACUCAAACCUGGUGUAUGACUGGGUGAAAGCAGCGGUUCUCUUUGGCGUCGUCAACACCGUGGCACGCCUCGACCACUUGGACCCACCCCAGCCUCCCAAGUGCAUCACAGCGCUCUACGUCUUUGCGGAAACGCACUUUGACCGGGGCAUCAAUGACUGGCUUUGCAAGUACGUGUAUGACCACAUUGGUGGGGAGCACUCCGCGGUGAUCCCAGAGCUGGUGGCCACAGUGGCCACAUUUGCCGUCACCACUCUGUGGCUUGGGCCUUGUGACAUUGUCUACCUGUGGUCAAUCCUUAAUUGCUUUGGCCUCAACUUUGAGCUCUGGGUACAGAAGUUGGCAGAGUGGGGGCCCCUAGCACGAAUUGAGGCCUCUCUGUCGGAGCAGAUGUCCCGGAGGGUCCGGGCCGUCUUUGGGGCCAUGAACUUCUGGGCUAUCAUCAUGUACAACCUUGUAAGCCUGAACAGCCUUGAGUUCACAGAGCUGGUCGCCCGACGCCUGCUACUCACAGGGUUCCCCCAGACCACACUGGCCGUUCUAUUUGUCACCUACUGUGGUGUCCAGCUGGUGAAGGAGCGAGAGCGAACCCUGGCGCUAGAGGAGGAACAGAAGCAGGACAAAGAGAAGCCGGAAUAGGUGGGAGGGGGGAGCAGGAGGGACGCUGCUCAGCUAUUUUUGGGCCUCGGCCCAGGCCAGGCCACAUGAGGCCCAACCAAUAGAAUAAAAGACUUUUCUACCACAGUUUCGCUGUUCCCUGCCCUUUCCCCCAGCAGGUUCCUGGCUCCUUGUCUGUGCUGGGUGAGGAGCUGGAGGUUCUGGGCCUCAGAGAGAGGGGUC